AUGACAUAUCGUCCACAGACUAACGGGGCUGCUGAGAGAAUGGUGCAGACCGCGACCAGAGUGCUCAAGAUGUACGUUCGCGAUCUGGAUCAGAAGGAUUGGGACGAAUAUGCUGAACGCCUCACCUUCGCGAUCAAUACGGCUCAUGAUCGGAUCCGAGGAGAUACCCCCCACUAUUUAGUACAUGGGUGGGAUCCGAGAUCGACUCGAUGGAGAUAUCGAGUCCAGCGAUACUAUCAACGAUCUCGAGAACAAGUCAAUUCCAGAUUGAAGGAGGCCAUCGCAGAUCGAGCUGGCCGACACAACGAGGCCGCCGGACCACAUCAGAUCGAGGGUGGAUCCCGUGUCUGGUUGUAUCUAGAUCGGGUGAAGGAAGGAUACGCGCGAAAAUUGGCUCACCUAUGGCACGGGCCGUUCCGGGUCGCCGAGAAGAUCAAUGGAUUCAGCGUCAAGCUCGAGAUCGCAGGUACAGGGUACCAGAUCUUCCCAGUGGUUCACGUGUCGAAGUUGAAAUUGGUCAAGGACUUUCCAGAUCGACCACGGGUGGAGCUCACGGUUGAUGAGGCGGAUCGUCUCGUUUUUGACGAGAUCCUGCUUCCAGAGGACAGCGGGGUCCCAGAUCUAGGAGGCGAUGAGUAUGAAGUCGAGCGAAUUUCGGAUGUGCGGAGUGGAAAGAAGACUCGAUUUGGACGGAUCUAUCGGGAGUUCCUGGUGCAUUGGGCAGGAUACGAUGAGCCAACUUGGGUCGAUAGAGCCGAUCUUAACUGUGGGGCAAUAUUGAACGCCUUCCUGCGAGAGUGGGCCAAUCGGAAUCGCUUCAAUGUGAUGCAAUCACAUGAAGGAAUGUAA